AUGAGUGUGUAUUUGAGCGUUCUGUUCGGAGUGCUUACCUUCGAAAUGGCAUGUCUGUUCGCCUUGGUUCUACCGCUGCAUUAUAAACUUCGCAAGGCAUUGGUCACCAGCUAUUUCCGGUUUAUGAGCUACACGCAAGUGAAGACAGUGAUCUUCAUCGUGAUGGGGCUUGUAGGCUUGCUUUUCGUGGAUUCGUGGAAACGGUCUCAGAUAUCGGUUUUUCUCCACCAUCACCCAGCCUCAUCUGGAGCAGACCCUAACGGCGUGGGGAACGUUACACCGGUCCAAGCGCUGGCUUCCAGAGCUUACAACCAAAGAAACAUCUACAUUUCAGGGUUCAUACUAUAUUUUUGGUUCUGCAUUCCUGUGGUGAUCAGCGUCGUGAGAAGACUGGUCAAGUACGAAACUCUGAUCCGGGAAAAACCCAAUACAGACGCCAAAGAGUCGUCUGACAACGACGAGAUUUCAGCGCUUCGCAAAGAACUCAAGGAGAAAAAUGCGUCUAUCAGUGCUCUGCGUACCCAAAAGGCAAAUUUAGAAGCGCACUACGACAAGACCGUGGUUCCCAAGUCAGACAAGGAGUCUCCUGAGGAGAAAAAGAGCAACUGA